AUGGCUUCUGGUCAAGAGAUGGAUGCUACUAAGGAGGUGCCCGUUGCUGGCAAUGAGGGAGAUAAUGCUGCUGCUGCUGCUCACAUUGAUCUCAACCUUGGGGACUUCGUGGAUCAGCUCAAGAGGCAAGAGAAAAACAUCUCUGUGCUUCAGACUCAGUACAGGGAGAUCCGGCAUGGCAACCUCUACCAGCCUGCUCCUGCAGCAAAGCGAGUCGCCAAUGCCGCUAACAACCAUGUUGCGCCUGCUGCUGCACCUCCUGCUAUUCCUCCUCCUUUUGGAGCACGUGCUGAGCCUCCUACUGCAGCUGCAAAUGCCUUUGGCUCCUGCCCCUCGGCCCUGCCUCGUUUUUUCCAUGGCAAAACUGACGUUGAGACUUGGCUCUCCAUUGCGGAGGACUUUAUGUCCAUCCACAAUGUGCGUAGCGAGGCUUGCGUGGUCGCUGCGACCCUUGCCGUGGACGACACUGCGAGCAAGUUGGUGUAUGCCAACAAGCGUCACGUAGAGGCUAAUGGCCACCCCUUUGGCUGGGAGGAGUUCAAAGCGGCCAUGCUGACGGCGUUCCUAGUUCAGCCCCUGGUGCUCGAGGUUAUCCACCAGUUCUUCAAGGGACUCCCCGAGCACAUCAAGCGUGUGCAUGUGGUGAAAGGGGAGCACCAGUGGAAGACCUACAAGGAGUGUAAGGAGCUGGUCAUCAGCACGGAUGUGCACUUCCGUGCGUACCUGGACCUCAAGAGCACUCGUGCUCAGCAGCAGGACCCACGCACCCAGGGGCGGUGGCUCUUGGAAGAGGCCCUAUCAGCAUAG